AUGGUAAACCAAACUGCUGCCAACUUUCUUACAUUACCGACACUGACCUCACUAGAUCUCUCAGAAAAUGAAAUUGGAGAUCACGAAGCACAACAUUUAGGUACUGCAUUACAGUACAACACAACACUCCUCACACUAAAUCUCAAUCAGAAUUCUAUUGGACCUGUUGGAGCAGAAUAUUUGGCUAAUGGAUUACGACAUAACACAACUCUUACCACACUCGAUAUCUCACGUAAUAACAUCGGAGAUACUGAAGUACAACAUUUGGCUGAUGCAUUACAGCACAAUAAAACACUAACUACAUUAAAUCUCUAUUUUAAUCAAAUCGGGCAUGUUGGCGGACAACAUUUAGGUGAUGCAUUACGACACAACACGACACUAACCACACUAAAUCUCCGCUUUAAUAAAAUCCAAGAUGCUGGUGCACAACAUAUUGCUAAUGCAUUACGACAUAACACAACACUCAUCACACUAGAUCUUGGAGGUAAUGAAAUACGUGCUGAUGGAGCACAGCAUUUAGGUAAUGCAUUGCAGCACAACAAAACACUUGCCACGCUAAGUCUCACACAUAAUUAUAUUCGAGAUGUUGGAGCACAACAUAUUAGUGAUGGAUUGCGCCACAACACAGUAAUUACUACUAUAUCUCGUUAA